AUGGCCACGGAAGGACCCCGCCCUGGCUUCUUGGGGAACAUCAACGAAGACCAGGAGGUCAAGCUCCAGAAGAUAUGGGCCAUUCUACUCAGAGCAGCUGAGCUGCCCUCUGACGAGGACGCCAGCAUAUGUGUCGAGGAACAUCCGGCUAGUCCGACCCCAUCCGCACCUCCGCGACGAAUGUCGCUCCUGAGCCGCACCCCAACCGCGCAAAGCAAUGCCUCCGACAAGACAGUCCCCGUCCUCACAAGACCCUACCAGCAGAAGUUCAUGGCCUAUCUCAAGGAAUUUGGUAUCGGUCCCAACGAGACCAAGAUGGUCCAAAAGUCCCUGUCGGAGAUUAGCCCCGCCGAACUGCGGAAGGGCAUCCUGGAGCUUCUGAAGCACGACCACCCGGAUGCCUUGAUGCUUCGAUUCCUUCGCGCGCGCAAGUGGGACGUUUGCAAGGCAUUCGCGAUGAUGAUGGAAGCCGUUGUCUGGAGAGUUAAAGAGAUGCACGUGGAUGACGACGUGAUGGCAAAGGGUGAGCUCUAUGCAUUGAAGCAGGAGAAGGGCUCCGAUGCCGGCAAGAAGAAGGAAGGAAAGGAUCUGCUGGAUCAGAUGCGUAUGGGCAAGAGUUAUGUGCAUGGCACUGACAAACUGGGCCGACCAAUUGUCGUUAUUCAAGUUCGCCUCCACAAGCCAGGUGCUCAGAGUGAGGAGACUCUCGAGCGGUAUAUUGUCCAUGUCAUUGAGUCUGUCCGACUUACUAUGCAUGGUGGAGUCGAGAAUGCUUGUGUUCUGUUCGACAUGACAGGCUUUGGUCUUUCCAACAUGGAAUACCCACCAGUGAAGUUUAUUUUGAAGUGUUUUGAGGCCAACUACCCAGAGUCACUGGGAAUUAUGCUGAUUCACAAUGCCCCCUGGAUUUUCUCUGGUAUUUGGAAGCUUAUCCGAGGCUGGAUGGACCCUGAUAUUGCUGCCAAGGUGCAGUUCACUAGCUCCGCUGACGACCUGACCAAAUUCAUAGACCGCAGCAAGCUGCCCAAGGGUGUUGGUGGUGACGAGAACUGGGAGUACAAAUACAUUGAGCCCAAGGAGGGUGAGAAUGCCCGGAUGGAAGACACCACCACCCGUGAUGCUCUUCUGCGGGAGCGACAGCAGAUCGGCGAGGAGUUCCUCACUGCCACCGCGGAAUGGAACGAGGCCGCCAAGGCCAAGGAUAAGACCAAGGUCCAGACUGCGGCCAGCCAAAGAUCUUUCCUGGCAGAGCGGUUGCGGGUCAACCACUGGAAGACGGACCCCUACAUUCGGGCUCGUCUUUACCUGGACCGAGCAGGCGUUAUCCAGGAAGGGGGCAAGGUGGAUUUCUAUCCCACGGAGGCGACAACAAAUGGAACGAGUAAGGCGUCGACAGUCGAUCAUUUGGAGAAAGUGAAUGGUAACGUCCGACGCGGCAACUACAGGCGCAGCUCACAGCAGGACGCUAUGAACCCAGCUGAUAGAAGAUCGAAUUCUCCCUACCCGCAAAGUGUUCCAUCAUUACAAUCACCCGCGAUAGAUCCUCCCGCCACUCCACCUUCACAAUCAGAUUAUGGUGACUUUCCCAGCUUCACCUCAGCCGAUGGGGAACCUCAAGCCGAGCCCGCAGAUCCGCCAGACGAGGGUCUACCUACUACUCCCGAUACGCCGAAAGCUGGUAAUAUACUCGCCGAUAAUGAUGGCUACCCACCCGAGCUUGACCGGAAAGGUGAAGAGAUGCCUCCCCCGCGAAAGCCACCCGUCCGACCGAACGCGCAAAUGACCUCCGAAGAAUACAAUGCACAACUUCUCUCCGAUCCCCGAAUGGCAAAGUCCAGUGUUGUGAAUCCAGAGUUUUUACAACAAUACUAUCGAGAGUCUCGGCUUCACCAUCUGUCGACCUGGAAAGCAGAAUUGAAGGCACAGCUCCAAGCUGCAGCGAAAGAGAAGCUUCUGUCCCAGACUUCCAAAAAGAAGCCGGUUCCAGGUGCAAGGAGAUACAUUCUCCAUGUCGACUUUGACUCGUUCUUCGCUGCUGUGGCGCUUCUCAAACACCCGGAGCUUCGCGAUAAACCUGUUGCUAUUGCGCAUGGCUCUGGUUCUGGGUCUGAAAUCGCGAGCUGCAACUAUGUUGCUCGUGGGCGGGGUGUCAGGAAUGGCAUGUGGAUGAAGGGUGCGCUGGAGGCAUGCCCAGACCUUCAGGUUCUACCGUAUGAUUUUCCUGCUUACGAAGAGGCUAGUCGGAAGUUUUAUAACUCAAUCCUUGCAAUCGAUGGGGUUGUCCAGAGUGUGAGUAUCGAUGAAGCUCUCAUCGACGUCACUCAGCUGUGUUUAGAGGCAGGGGGCUCGGAUGGGAGAGGUGUCUCAGAGGGGUCCAUUGAUCGAGAACAAUUCAAAGCAGAUAAAGUCGCCCAGGGACUACGUGAUUCUGUUAAGGAAAAGACUGGUUGUGCUGUGUCCGUGGGUAUUGGAGGAAACAUACUCCAAGCCAAGGUUGCUCUGCGAAAAGCGAAACCUGCGGGGCAGUUUCAGUUGAAGCCUGAGGCUGUCUUGGAUUUCAUUGGAGACCUCACUAUUCGAGAUCUUCCGGGCGUUGGACACAGUCUGAGUGCCAAAUUAGAAGAGCUUGGGGCCACUUUCGUCAAGGAUAUUAGAUACUUGACUCGUGAGAAAUUGGUCUCCAGCCUGGGACCGAAGACUGGAAUCCGGAUGUGGGAAUAUGCUCGAGGAAUUGACAAAACUGAAGUUGGAAAUGAGGUCAUUAGGAAGUCAGUUUCCGCGGAAGUCAACUGGGGUAUUCGAUUCACCAGUCAAGACCAAGCGGAAGACUUCGUGAAGUCUCUUUGUGGUGAGCUUAACCGUCGGCUAGUGGAAAACCUAGUCAAGGGCAAGCAGCUUACCUUCAAGGUCAUGCGACGAUCAAUGGAUGCCCCACUGGAACCAGUAAAACAUCUUGGGCAUGGAAAGUGUGACGUUUUCAAUAAAAGCAUCGUUCUGGGCGUUGCCACUAAUGCCACUGACAUCUUGGCCAAAGAGGCCAUUUCAAUGUUGAGGAGUUUAAAUUUCUCCCCAGGUGAUUUGCGAGGCCUUGGCGUUCAGAUGACCAAACUUGAGCCCCUCAAAGCUGGGCCGUUGGCGAAUGUCGAUAGUAGUCAACGGCAGCUCAGCUUUGCAAAGUCUCCAUCGCGUAAGAAGACUGUCACUAGUGCUGAAUCAACGAGUCCAUCAAAGAGCAGCACGCCACGUACUGAAUAUCAAACGCCAAGCCAUGCCGUCCGCACCACCCCAGACAUUCCAGGAUCCCAAUUUAUCAUGCCUACUCAAGUUGACCCGGCUGUCCUUUCCAAGGCCAACUAUUCCAGCGCUACCCCCCAGUCUCAGCUCGAUCCCAAUAUCUUGGCUGCCCUACCAGACGACUUGCGUAAUGAAGUUUUAGGUUAUUAUAACCAGCAGCCUUCGAUACCAGUGCCGUCUGCCGUGGAAGCUGCACCUGUACCGGCUCCUCCCCCUUUAGAGCACAUUUCUCGCCCAUCAUCCUCUGGAUCUGUUGGAACAAAGAGACCCUUUAUACCGCCUAAAAGAAGACGCGGCCGCCCUUCGAAAUUCUCAAAAGUCGACGACAGGUCACAAAGCUUAACAAGCUUUGUCUCAAGGCAAACAACAACAGUAGAGCAAGAAGUCCCUCGCCAACCUUCUCCGGCUGUCGAGGAGCAUCAUGGAAUCUCAGCGGAUUUUCUGGCUGCACUACCCGAGGAUAUUCGACAAGAGAUCUUAGAUGAGCAACGACGCUCCUCUACAGUUCAAUCACCUGCUCCAGAACCCGCGCCUUUGGAUCGGGACCCAGAUACCGACCCCGAGGCGUCUACUUCUAUACCCGCACCAGAAGAGAAAAGAUUGCCACUGACUCCUCUACCUGAGCGGCCGGUCUUUACAUCACAGCGCUUCACACAGUUGCCCGAUCUUCGAGAAGCUGUCAGCGAAUGGCAUUCUGCUUUUGUAAGCCAUGGUCCAUAUAGCGAGGAUGUGGAGGCCCUGUGCGACUACCUAGGUCGCGUAGUUGUCGAUGAGAAGGAUAUCGAAAAGGCUGUUGCCGUAGUGCGCUGGUUGAUGUGGCUCGUUGACGAGGACAAUGUUGGGCGCGGGCCGAUGGACAACCAGACUCCGAGGUCUGAGCAGGGCUUCGUCACUUGGAUGGAAGCUGUUGAGAUGUUACAUGUUUGUAUAAACACUGCUUUGGAAGCUCGAGGACUACCUUCGGUGGACUUCGAGUAA